AGAUCCAGCAGAGACACAUCCCCAGAUUCGUGUCGGGCGGAGAUCCACUCGAAAGCGGACCUAAAUCGUUGCCUGAUUCGGAGUCCGACUCCAUACGAUUCCUGGACCAAUGGAGACGCACCCCGCGAUCACCUCUCAGAAGCGAACCUCAGUCCAGCCAACGUUCCGUACAGACGUGAACAGCCACACUCCAUGAAUAGGACCCUCCCCAGCUCCUCCCCCCAACAGCCAACCUUUCAAGGAACCUAAUUUUCCACCUCCCAUAACAUCACAGUUAGAGAGUCACCCUCUUGCAUUUAUAUCUCUGCCACAACCAAAACCCUACCGCCAUCUAAAUGCCCAAAGUGAUGAUGAAGUGCUGGUGGAAACUUCCGCUUGCGGCAGCAGUCUUGGUCUUGUCGGUCGUCGGCAGUAACGGCGAGAUCCCGACGACACUGGAUGGGCCUUUCGAUCCAGUGACCUCGCCCCUUGAUCACAAGAAGUUCCGCGGCCUCGCUGUGGACCUGCCGGACUCUGAUCCGAGGGUGCAGUGGCAGGCCCGGGGCUUCGAGCCGGAGCAGAUCUCCAUCUCCCUCUCCACCACCCCGGACUCUAUCUGGAUCUCUUGGGUCACAGGUUUUGGUCAGUUCUGCGGAGAAACUCCGGUGAGGCAGUAAGUGAAGCAUCCUAUUAUUGUCUAGAAGAUUAUUAUUUGUUCUAUGGGAAGUUCUUUUUCUAUGUUUUAUGCUUUGCCCUUUGGCAGCUCAGGUGGAUACUUCAAAAUAGGGGCAGAAUUGUUCUAAUUCCAUAACUUUGUUGUAGUCUUGCACAUGUGAGCUUGCCAAAUGCCCCAAUUGUGCUUCACUACAGCAAGAGCCAUAACCUUACUUGAGCAUGAGGCUCCUUGGGAUUAGCAGUGGUUAUGAUUCCAUGUAUGAUGGUCACCUGUAAUUCGAAGGAACACCUUACAAGCAUCGUUAAAGAUUAUUGGAAUAGUUUUC